AUGUGUUCCUAUACAGAGUACACAGCAUGCAACCAAAACAAAACGGUCAAGGGCUCCCUUUCCACUGUGGCAUCGCUGCUGGUGCUAGCAAACGUCGUCAUCGCCGGCUGUUCCACCCUCAGCUUCACCACCAGCGACGAUGGCAUCGUCCACUGGUUCGACCCAAACGCAGGCGAAAUCCGUGACCCACUUGACUGUGCGGGCGGCCACGCUCCUCCAAAGACCAACGUCCCUGGAUGCGCCGGCUGGCAAAUGCACUCCUUCCCCUACGACGACCAUGAGUACAGCGACACAAGUCGCUACUGGAAACAGCACCACGCCUUCAACCACUUUGCCCCGAGUCAAUCGUCGAACUCCACGACUCAUGGCAACGGCACGUCUAGCACGAGCGGCACUGCCGCGCCGUCAAGCCCGACAAAUAACAAGGGGCACAUGCUGGAUGGCUCCCUAAUAGCUGUUGCUGGGGCGGCGAUUGGUGCGGUUGCUUUGAUUUAAGCGUAUUAAUGAAGGGCUACCUGCAUGGUACAGCCCGGUUUUGCAUUUGUAACGUUCUGUGAUGUCUUGGAGUAAGGGAUCCAGUAGUUUAUCAUUUAAUAACCAUAAUCCCCGUCGAGUGGAUCAAUGCGGCCCCGGCAAUAGUAGGAUAGAUGUGCUUCAAUAGCUAGCGAUGCCUGCGGAAUACAUCACUCAGGACAGUCCAUACCACAUUUCGCUCUGGCGCAGACGCGGAAUCGCCAAGGCUUGGAUUUUUACGG